AUGGCCAAGGCAGAGUUUGUUUUGUGGUUGAGCUUGUUGUUGUGGGCAUGUUUUGCUACAACGACAUCUCAAGCAUAUGUCUGUGAUAGCCCCACCAUGUGUGGAAGCUAUUUCAACUAUACAGUUUCUAAGGUUUGCGACUAUGGUAAUUCAGUUUUGCCAUGGAACCAAAAGAUGGUCAUUAGCGAUGGUACUUCUUUCAAGGUACUUGAUGGCUCUAACUCUAUUUCUAGCCUUGGUUCGGUUAGUAAUCUCAAUUUUGACCAGUUUAUUAUCAACAAGAAUGGAGAUGUAAUUGUUAUGCCUGAGCUUGGGCAAACUGAUGUUUUCCUCUUCUCUCUGCAUAACUAUCAAAGAACUAUUCUCGUAGAAACUUCCAAGUGGUCCAUGUCAGAUUUUGUCAGAUCAAUCACUUAUGAUCCAACAACAGACAUUCUUUAUUUCAUUCAAAUUCGUGAUGGUGAUGGUAUUAAUGGUAAAAGAACAGGUUCUUUCUGUUCAUCUGUUAACUAUCCUAGUUCAUGCAUUCAAAUCUUUAUAAGCCAAACCUCAAAUGCAAAGUUGCAAUUGUUCAACAACAAAUUCUACAUGUUAUUGGAUAACAAAAUCAAGAUAUGGGGAAAAGAUGAAAGUGUCUCUUCGGCUACUGAUUUCAUAACUUUGAGCUCUACUAAAUAUACCAACUUUAGAGUUUCUCCAUCUGGUGUUAUUUUCUUGAUUACUGAUGAUGGUGUUUUCAGACUUGUUGGUUCAAAGGAGGUUCGUAUAUUUGGUACAGGCACUAUUGGAGUUACUGGUAAUGAUGGUCCUGCUCUUUCUGCUGAUGCUUCUCCAAUUAGUUUGGAUUUCGAUCAAUUUGGUAACAUUUAUGUAGCUGAAGGAAGUGCUACAAGAAAGUUGACUCCUUCAGGUUGUAUGAAUCAAGCGUUUAUUAAUCACACCACAUGUGAUAUUGUUUGUAAUGGAUUGAGUAGAUUGGAUGCACAUGUUUGUUCUGGUGUUGGUCAAUGUAGUGAAUUCUUACCACAAAAUGGAACCUCACAAAACGAAACUGUUGGUUGUGCGUGUAAGCCUGGAACAAGUGGUAUUAAUUGUGAAGUUAUUCCAUGUUUUGGUAAGAAUGCUUCUAGUAAUGCUUGCUCUGGUCGUGGUGUUUGUAUUGAUGUGGAUAUAUGUGAAUGUGAGGGUGAUUGGGAUGGACCUGAGUGCGAAAUUGCUCCAUUCAACUGUUCCAACAUUGCUCAUAAAAAUCCUCUAGCAUGUAGCGAGCACGGAUUCGAGGUCAAGUGUAUUGCACAAGAUACAUGCGAACACACAUGCAAUUCUAUUGGUGCAUCAAGUGCUUCUGUUUGCUCAGGUGUAGGAGAAUGUAGCUCACAAAAUAAUUGUUCAUGUUCCUUUGGUUUUAUUGGAAAUAAUUGUGAAUUCCUCAAACCGUGUGUAUCAAACAUGGGUUGUGGUGGAGAGUGUUUUUAUUUGAAGGGAGUUGAAACUUGUGUUCACAAAUGCAAUGGAGUUUACAAUUUCAACUCGAGUGUUUGUUCUGGACAUGGUGUCUGUGUUGCACAGGACUUUUGUUAUUGUGAUAAGGCUCACUAUGGCUCUGAUUGUUCAAAGGCUUAUGACACUUGUUAUGGAUUAGCUUUUUCUGAUCCAAAAGUUUGUUCAGGAAAAGGAAAAUGUAUUUCUCAAAACAAUUGUGCAUGUGACAGUGGUUAUGGAGGUUCUCAAUGUGAAAAACGUACUGAUAUUGAUCUUUUCCCACUCUAUGGACCUCUUGGUUUGGCUGAACUCAAAGCCUCUGCUUUCGUCUAUUCCAAUGGUGUUAUCUAUGCUUCAGCAGUAGCUGACAAGUCAGUUUUUGCUUUUGAUUUGGCAACAAGAAAUGUCACCACAUUUAUUUCUAAUUUAGAUUGCUAUCCUUCAAUAUCCAUUUUGUUUAACAAGUUUGGAGAUUUGGUGUACUUGUGUGAUGGUGAUGUCUACAAGUAUUCUUUUACUUCUAAAACAUCCACUUAUCUUGGUACUGUUGGUAGACCUCCUUUAGCUACAUCUCUUACAUAUGUUCCUGAAACUGACACAUAUUAUGUUUCAAUGUCAGGGAAAAUUGGUAAAUUUACUGAUUCUGGUAGUCAAAUAACUAUUCAACCUGAAUCAACUGAUUAUGCUCUUGGAUUUUUGCGCUAUUUUAAUGGUAAAUUGUAUCAUUUGAAUUCCGAUCUUUACAGUUGGACUCCUGGUCAAGCAAGUGGUGCUACGUUAGUAGCUGAGAGUUGUCCAGGUUCUUAUUUCAGAUUCAAUCCAGCUGGAGAGCUGUACACAUAUGGUGCACAACAAAUUAGCAAAUUUUCUGGUGGCAGCUUCUCUCAGGUUGUUUUUGGAGGGGCUGGUUCUGAUAUUCUUGAUAUUUUCUUUUAUGGAAAUGAUUUGUAUUUCUUUGACAACAAGCUUAAAUAUAUCAAUAUUGCCCAAUUAAAGGGAUGUGUUUCUGAAACCUAUAUUGAUCAAGCAACUUGCUCUCUUAUUUGUGAGGGUGUUCCAGCAGCUAGUUAUUUAUCAUGUAAUGGUGGUAAUUGUAGUAGAUACACUAAUGUAGAAUUAAAUUUGGAGUUAACACAGUGUUCAUGUCUUCCUGGAUAUAGUGGUUAUGAUUGCACUGAGUAUUCCUGUUAUGGAAACAGCUCUUUAAGCUCUGCUGUUUGCAGUGGUCACGGAACAUGUGUUAAACCAGAUAUGUGUUCAUGUCAAGAUGGAUAUACUGGAAAUAUGUGUCAAAAUUAUACUUGUUAUGGAAGUGCUGGUUGUACUAUGUUUGGUAAUGAUGCUAAAUGCAUUGGACCAAAUACUUGUGAACCUAUUUGUUCAAAGAUUCCAGCUUCCAAUGCUAAUGUUUGCUCUGGAGAAGGAACAUGUGUUUCAAUGAACAAUUGUUCAUGCCAUUAUGGUAGAUAUGGGGUUAAUUGUGAAUUAUCAAUUCCUUGUGUUAAUACAACUUGUGCCUCAUCAAAUUAUGUAUGUUUUUACGAACACUCAAAGGAAGUAUGUCUUGCAAGUUGUUCAGGUAUUCCAAGCACAAGCACAUUGGUUUGUUCUGGUAAUGGUGUUUGUACUGAUAAGUGUUAUUGUAAUCUUGGAUGGAAAGGAAGUAAUUGUAAUGUAACUGAGCCGGUUUGUUUUGGAAUUUCUCAAAGUAAUAGCUCUGUAUGUUCUGGUUCUGGUAAUUGUACAGCAAAUAAUGUUUGUUCAUGUAAUGAAGGAGCCUAUGGUAGUGAAUGCUCAGAUUUCAGUUGUUUCUCCAUUCUUUCGAAUAAUGCUUCUGUUUGUUCUGGUCGUGGUGCUUGUGUUGAUAAUGAUGAUUGUAGCUGUAAUGAAACCUGGACAGGAUCAAAUUGUGAAAUUCCAAUUUGUGAUGGAAUUCCUUCCAAUAAUGCUAGUGUUUGUAAUGGAACAAAGAUGUGCAUUGCUCCAAACACUUGUGUUGACCAAUGUAAUGGUAUUUCUGCCUUGGAUUCAAAAAGAGUUUGUUCAGGAAGAGGAAAGUGUACUGGUUAUAAUACUUGUACAACAUGUACAAAUGGAUAUUCUGGACAAUAUUGUGAAAUUCAAACUCCUUGUUCAACCUUAACUUGUGAAAACAAUGGUACAUGUUUCCACUAUAAGGACGGAAGUGAAACAUGUGUUUGUCCUUUAGGAUUCAAAGGUAAAACAUGUGAAAGAAGACUUUGUGAAACAACUAGUGAUUGUCCUAUUUAUGGAAAGAAAUAUUGUGGAACUACAAGAGAAUCUGAAUACGAUACCACCGUUACUUCAUAUAAAUGGUGUCGCGAAGAUACUUGUUGGCCAAAUUAUGCUUCACCUUGUACUGAUCCAAACUUCCCAAAAUGUGUCGAUAUUGACAUCUAUGUCACUUACAAAGGUAGAUGCGUUGCUGAAUGUAUGCAAGAUAGCCAAUGUAGUUCACCAACACCAAAAUGUAAAAUGAGUGCUGAUGGCAGUUACGGAAAAUGUGUUCCUGAAUGUACAUCAAAUGAAAAUUGUACCUCAAUUGGAAAACAUUAUUGUUCCGAUGGUGGCUGUAAAAUGUACUCUUGUGCAAAUGACACCCAAUGUCAAAGUUAUGGAUAUUCUCAAUGUAAUAAUUCAAUUUGUAGAAAUGAAUGUUUGGAAAGUAAGGAUUGUCCAGUUGGAAGUAGUAAAUACUUUGAGUGUGGUUCUGAUAAGACAAAUAUUGAAACCUAUCACAGAUGUUUGUACAAGAAUUGUAAAAGUAAUGCUGAUUGUGACUCUCCAUUUACUGGAACACCUAAAUGUGAUCUCACAACCUUUAACUGUUCCAGUGUAAGCUGUUCUGCCACUUCUGAUUGUUAUCCGUAUCAUUAUUCCAAAUGUACUAAUAUUGGUACUUGUGAAGUUGAAUGUACUAAUCAUACCAAUUGUAAAGAAUUUGGUUUUGAGAGAUGCGGUUCAAAUCCAAACAAUACUGCUGAAUAUCGUAACACUACCCAAUGCGAUGUUUGUGGUGAAGAUAGAAUUACUUGUAUGAAAUGUGCCUCUGGAUAUGUUUGGGAUGGAACCGAAUGUGUUGUAAAAUGUUCAUCCAAUUCUUAUUGUAAAACUCUCGAUCCUGAAAAACCACUCUGUAGCUCAGAAGGUUUAUGUGGUUAUGUUGCAUGUCAAUACGAUUUUGAAUGUACUACUAACUAUGCAUUACCAAAAUGUACGGAUGGAAAGUGUAGUAUUGUCUGUCACAGUGACAGUGAUUGUGCUAGUCAAAAAACUUCUCCAAGAUGUCAAACUGAUCCGGCUGUAUUUUUGUAUGGAUAUUGCGUUGAAGAAUGUAGUGAAAAUGGAAUUUCUGACUAUUGUACUAAGAAGAAUCCUCUUUUACCAAGUUGUAAUUCAGGUAAAUGUGGACACCUUAGAGGAUGUUGGACUGAUGACAGCUGUCAAACUCUAUCCAAUAAUAACAAAUAUUUAACAUCAUGCACUUCAGAUCCUACCGGAGAGUCAUACCAAAAAGUUUGUGUACCUGCUUGUUUUAAUAAUACUGACUGUGAACAAAGAGGAAUCGAUAAAUCAACAGCUAAUCUUUGUUCAAGUGAUUCGAAUUGUACAUUGCCAGGAGCAGCAGUUUGUCGUGGUCCAAAUGUAGAAAUUGCCUUCCCAUCCGGAUAUGUAACAUUCCAAGAAAAAACUUGUCUUCCUCAAUGUUUUGCCAAUUGGGAAUGUAGUUCAACUCCUGAUCGUCCAAAGUGUUCUACUAAAAUGGAUUCAACUUAUCGUACAUGUGUACCGGACUGUUUAACUAAUGACGAUUGUGUUGAAAAGGGCCUGUCUAUUGGAAAAAGUGAAUGUGUCAACCAAGUCUGUACUGAAAAAACUUGUUCAGCUGAUACAGAUUGUACUGUAAAAGGUUUUACUUUCUGUAACAGUGGAAAGAAAUGCGGAAGGGAGUGUACAGCUGAUACUGAUUGUAGCGAACCAAAACCAUUUUGCUCCUUAAAGGAAGAUAUGACAAAGUAUCGUUGUCUUCCUGAAUGUUACAAUAACACUGAUUGUGCUCCUAAUAUUAAGGGAAGCAAUUACAAUCUCUGUAGUACAUCUAAGGGUAGAUGUGUUGAGCUACCUUGUUCAUCUGAUUCUGAUUGUAUUUAUACUGGUUAUUCAUAUUGUAAUCCGACCUCAAAAGUUUGUACUAAGGAAUGCCUUGCAAAUUACAUGUGUACUAUAGAUCCAAAGAAACCAACUUGUGAUAUGACAACUGGAAGAUGUAAACCAGAGUGUGUUUCAGAUAUUGAAUGUGGUACUAAUGGAAAGCCUGUUUGUGAUAUUACAACUCAACAUUGUGUCGCCAAAACUUGUUCCAAUAGUUCAGAAUGUACAAAAACUGGUUAUACCUCUUGUACUAAUGGUAUUUGUGCUCCAGAAUGUGUGAAUGAUCUGGAAUGUGUUGGAAAAGGUACUGGAAUUUGUGAAACUAAAAGUUCUGAAUCAACUUACCAUCAAUGUACUGCUACACCUUAUUCGUGUUCUAGUACUAACUAUUGUUACAAUACGAUAACUGGUUAUCCUAAAUGUGUGAUUCUUAUUGUACAAGAGAAUAUUGAUACCACAUAUACAAUACUAUGUAUAAACAACUAUAUGUCAUUUUAA